AUGUCGGGCACAGACAAGCAGCCGCUCAUGAGUAACUCACACAGCGCCUAUCGUGAGUCGCUCGACGACGACCUCGAUCCGCGCUACGCAACCGAGUCCUACCAGCACCAAGCCUCCGCACCGGCUUCCAAGUCUAGCAACGUGGUGUUCGACGCCGCAUCAUCGCUCGAGGCGCAAUCGCAACCUAGAUCGCUCUCGUCCACUGGGGCGCCAUCGUGGCAGCAGCAGGGGCAGCAGGGCGCUGCAGGUGGCUUCACCAACUCGUUCAGCACCUCGCAGUCGUGGAGCCUGAGCAGCAUCUGUGCCAUCGCAUGGGCACUGCCGCCGUUCAGCUCGGCAUUCGUGCUGAUUUGGGAGACGGAGAACGACCUUGCGCGCUUCCAUGCGUACCAGGCGGGCAUCAGUGGCGCUGCGCUCAUCGUAAUUGUAUGGAUCCUCAGAAGCGUGCUCGGCCUCAAAACCAUCGGCCUCCUCGUAGCAAUGGGCGCCUACGGCUGGUUCUGGGUCAACGCAUCAACCGCACACAAAUCAGCACCGUCACUAUCGAGGAAUCCGUACCUGCCACACAUCGGCGACAUAGCCUCGCGAUGGGUGGGCGAAGAGUAG